AAGAAAUAAAAAUUCCAUAUUUUUAUAUUUAUCGUUAAUUUUCCCCUAAAAUUUUCGAUUUCGGAUCGACGGCGAAUCUGGAGCUUAUUCGGCCGGCAAAUCCAUAAGGGAUGUGUGAUUCAAAAGAGUGCUGAAGAAACUUCACUUCAUCGGAAACCCUAAUUUUUAGUGGAGUGGAUCUACAAAUCUGUUGGGGAUAAAGCUAGGCUUGAUCUGCUCUGGAGGAAAGUCAUAGAUUUACAGCAUUGUUUCCAAAUGAUGAUGCUUGAAAAUGGGCAACUUUGUGCGUGUUAGCUCCCGAGAACGGUCUUAGUUUCCUUUUGCAGAACGUUUCGAGAAAAUUGACCAGAAUUAUUCUAUACAUGGAAGCAUACAGAGAAGAGGCUCUUAAAGCCAAGCAAUUCGCUGAGAGGAGAUUUGCAGAAAAGGAUUUUACGGGCGCAAGGAGCUAUGCGUUGAGGGCGAGGUCGCUGUUUCCAGACUUGGAAGGUUUGUCUCAAAUGCUCACCACCUACGAUGUUUAUAUAGCUUCUCAGAGUAGACGCAGCGGGGAGAUUGAUUACUAUGCUGUUCUUGGACUCAAGCCGUCAGCUGGAAAAAGAGAAGUCAAGGCACAGUACAAGAAGAUGGCUGUAUUGCUUCAUCCCGACAAGAACAAAUGCCUCGGAGCUAGUGGGGCUUUCCAGAUCAUAUCCGAAGCUUGGGCCUUUCUCUCAAAUGAGUUCAAGAAAAGCACUUUUUAUUACAAAAGAAAGAAACUUAUUGACUCCAUGGAGGAUCAGAACAACAACAACAACAACAACAACACAGAGUAUGUCCCUGGGACCGCAGGAUUUGAUUGUUGUCCACCAGUUUCAGAAAGACUCGAUACAUUCUGGACUGUUUGUACCUCUUGCAAAGUUCAGUACGAGUAUCUGCGCAAGUAUGUCAAUAAGCGGCUUUCGUGUAAGAACUGCCGAGGAGCAUUCAUUGCUGUGGAGACUGGGCCUGGUCCUGUUAGUGCGUCAGUUCAAUAUGCGCCUCCAUCUCAUACAACAAGUAAUGGCUACGGAUCUCAUGGCUAUGAUUUUGUCUCGGGCAUGCCUACCAAUUCCACUUAUUUCUUAGGUCAGUAUCCUGCACAUGGAUAUGAAUAUGACUGGAACUCGUACGUGGGAACAUCUCCUGGGAGUCUAGAGUCAAACCGGAUGUCUUCUGUAUCAAGCGGAUAUCCUUCUAAGCUGGCCAAUGGAGUAGUCUGUAGGGGAAGAAAGAAUGUUAAAGAAGGGUCUAUCAGGACUUCAAGCGCAGCCACUGAUCUGAGCCCACCCAAUUGGUCUGCUGAUCCUUCACUGACUAAGGCCCCCAGACCUGAGAAGAAGAGGAACGUGAGUUUGGGGUCGUCUGGUAACGGAUUUGUUGAAAACACAGAAUCAAAAACAACCAAGUUGGAUGGAAACAAGGAACCUGAGUCUAAACAUCUUGGCCAAAGUCAUGGUAAAUCUAGACGGUGGUCCGCGCCUGCAACAGGAUUGGAUACGCGGAAGCUAUUGAUUAGCAAAGCUAAAACACAUAUACAGCAAAGACUAGAGAUGAUGAGAUUGGCUUCAGUGGCAGCAGAGGCAAUGGCUACAGAGGACGCAGCUCCACUUGAUGAAGUAAAGGCCUCCUCCAAGGUAGGAGAUGGUGUAUUCGGAAUAGGAAGGCAUGUUUCUUCCGGUCAUCAAUCUGUUCGGAAAAUAAACGGACCAAUAACAGUUCCAGACUCCGACUUCCAUGACUUUGAUAGUAACAGAUCGGAAGGGUGCUUCGAGGCGAGGCAGAUAUGGGCAAUUUAUGAUGAAGAUGAUGGUAUGCCACGGUUAUAUUGCGUGGUCCGGGAAGUGCUCUCGGUUCAACCAUUUAAGAUUGACAUAGCCUACUUGAGCUCCAAAACUGACAUCGAGUUUGGGACAAUGAAAUGGGUGCAGUACGGGUUUACCAAGUCGUGCGGACAUUUCAGGAUACGGAACACUGACAUAGUUGAGCACGUUAACAUAUUCUCCCAUCUGUUGAAAGACAAGAAGACGGGAAGAGGUGGUUGUGUUAGGAUAUUCCCCAAGACCGGAGAGAUUUGGGCUGUGUACAAGAACUGGUCACCAGACUGGAACAACUCAACACCUGAUGAAGUGAGGCACCAGUAUGAAAUGGUCGAGAUCCUCGAUGAGUAUUCUGAACAGUUUGGGGUUUGCAUCGCCUCGCUUGUCAAAGUAGAGGGUUACAAGACCGUGUAUUGCAGGAGGGAGGAGAGUACAAAAUGGAUACCGAGGAAAGAGAUGCUCCGGUUUUCGCAUCAAGUGCCAUCUUGGUUUCUUAAAGAAGAAACCAGCAGCGUGCCUGGAAACUGUUGGGACUUGGACCCGGCGGCUAUACCUGAGGAGUUGCUUGGCACGGGGGCAGGAACUGAUUGAGAUGUAGCUUCACUGUUAGUGCAAGAGACGAGGACUAUAUGCGCGCAAGCUUCUGUUUGUUCAUUGGAGUUGUUGUAUUAGCAAUGUUGAAGAAUCAAAACAUAGUUGGACUUGUUAUUUGUUUUAGGAUUCUGUAUUUCAUGUUUCUUUGUUAACUUUUACUAUAAAAAUGUAGCAAAUAUCAUUUUGCUUUUUUA